CAGUGCUUGAAAUCGUCCGAAGAGGAAACAUUUUACGCGCCGAAAUUAUGGCCAAUAAUUGUGGUUAGUGCGCUUUACUUUUACAUUGUCGGAUUGAUACUGAUUCAGAAAAACAUUUGGUAAAAUGUGGACAAUUCCCAAGCCAAAAUACAGGAGUGGUUUCUGCGCCGAGGGGGAGAUUGCUGUGAACAUCGGCGGGGUCCGAGUGGUGCUCUUCGGGGAUGUUUUGAACCGCUACCCGGAGAGCAGACUGGCGGAGUUGGUGAACUGUUCAACUCAGAAUUAUGAAGUCAUCUCGUCGCUUUGUGACGACUUUGAUCCGGGCAGGAAAGAGUUUUACUUUGACCGAGACCCUGAUGCCUUCAAGUGCAUCAUCGACGUUUACUACUUUGAUGAAAUCCACAUCAAACGCGGCAUUUGUCCCAUUUGUUUCAUCAAGGAGAUGGAGUUCUGGAAAAUAGACCAAAGUGUUUUAGAUGAAUGUUGUAAAAGUUACUUAAGUGAGAAAGAGGAUGAGCUGGAAGAGAUUGCAAACAAAGUGAAAGUGAUUUUGGAGGAUCAGAGGGAGGACCAGUGCAUCACGCGCACCCAGCGAUGCCAGAGGUUCCUGUGGAGGCUGAUGGAGAAGCCGGGUUCCUCCCUGCCGGCGCGCAUCAUCGCCAUCGCAUCAUUCCUCUCCAUCCUGGUCUCGGCGGUGGUGAUGUGCGUUGGGACCAUCCCGGAGCUCCAGGUGACAGACCCCGAGGGGAAACUCGUGGAGCACCCGACCUUAGAAGCCAUCGAGACCGCGUGUAUGAUGUGGUUCACGACGGAGUACCUGCUGCGUCUCGCCUCCUCUCCGAACAAGCUGCACUUUGCGCUCUCCAUCAUGAACGUCAUCGACUUUAUGGCCAUCAUGCCUUUCUACGUGGUCCUGUCCCUCACCUACCUCGGUACCACAUCCAUGAUGGAGCUGGCUAACGUCCAGCAGGCUGUCCAGGCGCUCCGCAUCAUGCGUAUCGCGCGUAUUUUCAAGCUGGCGCGCCACUCCUCCGGACUGCAGACCCUGACCUACGCGCUGAAGAGGAGCCUCAAAGAGCUGGGGCUGCUCCUCAUGUACAUGAGCGUGGGGAUCUUCGUGUUCUCAGCGCUGGCCUACACCAUGGAGCAAAGCCACCCAGAGACCCUUUUCAGGAGCAUCCCUCAGUCUUUUUGGUGGGCGAUCAUCACCAUGACGACGGUGGGCUAUGGAGACAUCUACCCCAAAACCACGCUCGGCAAGUGUAACGCAGCUGUGAGCUUUCUGUGCGGGGUGAUAGCCAUCGCCUUGCCCAUCCACCCCAUCAUUAACAACUUUGUUGUGUUCUACAACAAACAGAAAGUGCUGGAGACUGCAGCAAAGCACGAAGUGGAGCUGAUGGAGCUGAAGUCUGGCAGGGAGGCGCGCAGGAAAAGUAGGAAUUAAGAGGAGACUGUCUUUCUAAAACUUGUUAUCGUGGUCAGACUGAAUUAUAAAAGCAACUUCAUAUCGAAAGUAAAUGA